CACCAUACGGAUUAUCGUAAUGCUGAUAACGACGAAGAUGAUGAUGAAGAAGAUUACUCAGUAUCCGUUUCGGCUAUAAUGCAGAGACGUGCUAGUGUACGUGGUUAUCGCAGAAAAAGUAGCAGUCGCAAUUCAAGAAGAGCUUCCAGUCCAAUGGAUCACGUAUUAGAUAAUGUAGAGCGUAGACGCUCUAGUGUCUACACAACCAGUUCAGAUGAGGGCACAAAUCAAGAAUCAACACAAGAACAAAUAUUUGAAAAUAUACGACUUCACAAGGAGGUAAUACAAUCAGUUAAACUGCAACCAUGGCCCAUACGAAAAAAACUGAAACUAGUACGACAGGCAAAAACAUAUGUGGCACGUCACGAGGGUGCUCUUCAGGAACGUUUUGCCAUGUCACGCAGUACUCGAGAUUUGUGGGCGCGUUUUAAAAUUGUAAUGGCAGCUCGUUGGCGUCAUUGGAAACGUGAAACAGCCAGUUUUCUUACGGUUCUUAUACCCUGGGAAUUGCGCAUUAAAGAGAUCGAAUCGCAUUUCGGUUCAGGUGUUGCCUCGUAUUUUACAUUUUUACGUUGGCUGAUGUGGGUGAAUGUGAUGAUUGCUCUGCCAAUUGUGAUUUUUGUUAUAGGACCCGAGUACUUUGCUACCAAACACGAUGAAACAGAUCCUCGUAAAAAGAUGUCCUCAAAAGAAUAUGAAGUGGCUGGAAAUCUUUUUACUAUUUGGGAAUUUGAGGGUUAUCUUAAGUAUUCGCCCAUGUUUUAUGGUUACUAUUCGAGUUACUCGGGUGCCAGUUCAUUGGGUUAUAUGCUGCCAUUGGCUUACUUUUUGACAGCUGUUGCCGUUUAUAUUUAUAGUUUUGUAGCCACAUUAAGAAAAAUGGCAGAAAAUUCACGAAAUUCUAAAUUAUCUUCAAAAGACGAUGAAUGUACGUUUUCAUGGAAACUAUUUACGGGCUGGGAUUUUAUGAUUGGUCAUGCGGAAACAGCACAUAAUAGGAUUGCAUCCGUAGUAGUUGGUUUCAAAGAAGCUUUACUAGAAGAAGCCGAAAAGAAAAAGGAUAAACGCAAUUGGCGCAUUAUUUUACAACGUAUUUUAGUGAAUAUUUUAGUGAUGACAUUGUUAGCUGCUUCCGGUUAUACUGUAGUAGCACUGGUUAAUAAAUCUGAAGAGCUGGCUCGUCAGGAUAAUUGGAUCAGUAGAAAUGCUGUAAAUGUAACCAUGACUUUGCUUUCAUUUUUUCUACCCAUGAUAUUUGAAGCUUUAGGUCUCUUUGAGAAUUGGCAUCCACGGCAACAAUUAAGACUUCAAUUAGCUAGAAUCAUGAUAUUGAAUUUAUUAAAUUUAUAUUCGCUGAUGUUCUCGUUCAUUUAUAAAAUCAAUAGUAAAGAAAAGCCUUUAAGUGAUUUGAAAAUAAAAAAUGAUACUGCAGCCAUGGAAUUAGCUAAAUUAACUGAAUUUUGGCAGGCAUUCACAGCAAUGACCACAACGGCGCCAAAUGAAAUUUCAUUUUCAACAGAGGAUUUAUCGACCACAACAACAAUGACUACUGAUGCAAUUACCGAUGCAGUGAUAACAACCACAGCUGCGGUCAUAUCGAAAGUUAGAUGUUAUAACAUAACUGUCAAAUGCUCAAAACCCUGGAGAGUUACAACGAAUUUUCCCUCAACCGCAGCAGCGGCAGCCACAACGACAUUAUUGUUAUUAAAUUUAACAACAACCAUGAUACCGACGACCACAAUGACAACGACAACAUUAACAACAGAACAAACGACACCUACAACAUGGACACCAAUGUCAACAACAACAACAAUCGAACUAACAACACCUCUGACCACAGAAUAUACCACAACGCCAGCGACUACCACAACAUUUUUACCCACCACCACAACAGAUACAUCCUAUGAUUAUGAAGACACAUCCAUGUCCACCACCGAGGAAGUUGACCUAUUUAGUUAUUCACCCUCAUCAGUACUCAGUUCGACUACAACUGAAAAUCCUGAAAAUGAUUCUCAGUUUGAAUAUUAUGACUAUUUUGCCGGAUUUGAAAUAAAUGAUCCCAGUUUGGUAGAUUUCAAUGAUGUUGGGGAAUUGGAUACUAGGAAUAAAAGAGAUUUAGGUGAAAUGGAUUAUCAGGAGUCAUCCUUGGAGAAUGAUGUUUACAAAAGCCCUCAGCAGUUAAAGAAGACAAAAUCAAAAGAUAAAGAGUCUAGCAGCAACAGUAAGAAAGUUAAACGGGAGCCAAUUGAUGGUAAAGGACCAGAUCCACUUUCAUUACAACUUCUGCAAACAUCAAAGUAUAGCCGAAGAGAACGUUAUACAACCCUAUCUACAGUACAAGCAAGUCCCAUAACCACUACCGCUAACCUGGCUGGUAUAACCUCUACAACCAAAACUAAUGAUGGUACAACUGAUCCAAUCACAACGGGUAAUGAUUUUACUUCAACCUCUCCCACAACAGAAAUAGACACAGAAAUGACAGAAACAACAACAGCAGGCAAAGCAUUAUUGUGGGAACGUAAUGAACUUUUAGACAAAGUUGCCGCAUUUUUCACAACCUCAACACAAAAACCCAUUGAUGAAGAUUCAACCACUAUAACGCCCACUCCACCAACAACAAGUACCACCACAAGGCAACAAGAGGAUGAAAUAAUUGAAAAUAACAUACCCACUACCCCUUUUUAUAUUGCAAAUCAGGACAUAGGCCAGACAUCAUUCUACGAAUGGAGUGAAAUUGAUGAUGGAAAUUUUGAAACAUGCAUUCGCACCGUCUGUGAUGAUGACUUUACAACAAUCUCAAUGUCGACUGAUUUGGAUGCCGCCACAACAAUGGCAACGAUAACAACAACUGAACUCACAAUUUAUCAGCAAUAUAUUAAAAACUUAACAAACAUUAAGAAGACCUUUAAAGAAAUUGAACAUAAUUUAACAACAAUGUGUUGGGAGACAUCGUUGGGUCAGGAAUUGUCCAAGGUCAUUGUGUUCGAUGGGAUUAUGUCAAUAGUAGCUCCACUAUGUAUAGAUUUCUUGCGUGCUCUAUUUGUUCGAUAUGUAAAUCAAAACUGGUGUUGGGAUAUGGAGAAAACAUUUCCACAGUAUGGAGAUUUCAAAAUUGCUGAGAACAUUUUGACUUUGAUUAAUAACCAGGGACAAGUGUGGAUGGGUAUAUUCUUUUCACCUGGUUUGGUGCUUAUCAAUCUGGUGAAGCUUGUGAUUAUGAUGUAUUUUAGAUCCUGGAUUGUUUUAACAUGCAAUGUGCCCCAUGAAGUCGUAUUUAAAGCUUCAAAAUCCAAUAAUUUCUACCUUUCCUUGCUGCUGACCAUGCUGUUCCUUUGUGUCUUGCCUGUGGGCUAUGCAAUAGUAUGGUUGCGUCCAUCAUGGCACUGUGGUCCUUUCUCCGACUAUACACGGAUUUCAGAAUUUAUUACAAAUACCACAAGGGAUGCUCUGCCUCAGCAAUUACAUGAUCCUCUUAACUACUUGACUUCAUCCAGUACAGUGAUACCAUUGCUCUUGCUUUUGAUACUGAUUAUUUAUUAUUUAGUAUCUUUGACGGGCGCUCUUAGAGAAGCCAAUCAGGAUCUGAGAACUCAACUGCAAAAGGAAAGAGAAGAAGAACGUAAGAAAUUUUUCAAAGUACCGGAAACAAAACCUGCAGAGAAUACCUCCGCCACUUUGACGAAUAGAUGGCGUAAAGUUUUGGAAGCUUCAUCACCAGUUACUCCCACCCAGGCGCCAGACUUUGAGAGUGAAGAGUACAAAAAUCAAGCCAGAAAAGAACUAAUUUCGAGAAUUAUGAAAAAAGCUCUACGCAAGGGAUCAGCAACAUCAGACGAAGAUUCGUUUGUGCGGCAAGGCCGAGAUGAUGACGAUACCGAUACUGAACAUCAUGAUUCAUUGCCACACGAUGAAGAAGGUAAAGAGAAAAAGGUUGGUCUCUCUAAAUUACAACAAAUACGCAGAACUCGUAAACCCUCUUUGGUGGAUAUCGUACAAAUCGCCAAAAGUGAACGGGAAAAAGAAAGAGUUUUGCAGCAGCAUUCCAGCAAUGGUAAUAGAGAGAGCCAUCCAAAAGGAAGAUUUAAAUUGGAAAAGUUAGACAAAAAAGAUGAUAGAGACAAAGAAAAGGAGAAGGAAAAAGACAAGGAUAAAGAGAAAAAUAAUGAACAGGCAGACUCUGGCAAUGACCCUGAAAUUAAGACUAGAGUUAUAAAUGAGAGAAGAGAAAGCUUGUUGCGCAAAAGUCAUGAAGGCGAAAACAGGGAAAACGAAAAAGAGAAAGAAAACGAAACGGAGAAAGAAAAUGAGAAGGAAGAUAAGAAGGAUAAAGUCAAAGAGAAGGACAAAGAUAAGGAAAAAGACAAACAAAGCUCUCCGAGCGAUUAUAGACGAAGAAUUUAUGAAAGUUUAAAACGAAAAAAACGAGAUGAUAAAGAUAAAUCUAAUUUGGAAAAGCAAGGAUCUCAAGAAAAACCCAAAGAAAAUGAUAUACCAGAAUCUCCAUCAAAAACUGAAGUUUCCACUUUGGAAAAACCAAAGAAUUCUGAGAAAAGGAAAUCUUUCCGAAGAAGAGACAAGUCUCCGGUUGUUAAGGAGAAACCCAAAGAUGACGAAGCUAAUACGAAAAGUUCUUUUAAAGUUGUGGACGAGAAAAACUCCUCAUCCUCUCCGGAUGAGAAGACUUCUCCUCCUGCCAUGGAACAUUUUCACAAUUUAAGUGGCAAAUUCAAAUUUAAACGCCAUAAAAACAAAAUGUCCACAGAACCCGAAGUUUUCAAAUUUGAGUCUGAUAAAAUUAAAGCCAAUAGAAAUUCCGAUAUUGCCACCACUCCCACCUGGGAGCAUUUGGAAACAGAAUUGCAUUCACCGAAGCUAAAUGAAGAGGUCACUACCCCAACCUCUGCCCAUCAUAUUAAUUUGGGUGGUGAUAAAUUGGCCAGUUUGUCGCGCCAAGGUAGAAAGAAAAUUGGCUCGCUUUUGGCUUUAGUUAAAGAGGCUGUCAACACCAAGAAACUAGAUCAAGAUCAGCAAAGCGACGAGAGUCCCACACAACUGCCUGAAACGGCCAUAGAUAUACCAGCUACUCCGGAAAGUGAACUACCCACCACUCCUACCAAUAACACUUUUAUACUUCCCUCUGCUACUCCAGUUUCAACAAUUACCAGUAUUCAACCUUAUAUUAUGCCCAGAGCUCCCUUAGAAGAUCCUGAAGAUUUAGAACUUCCCAGUUAUAACAACUACAUGACUACUGAAAAUACCAAUACUUUGCCUUUAAAAGAUCCCGAAGAACUAGAUCAACCAGGUCCCAUAAUAUUUCCCCAACGUAGCAUUUCUCAACGUCGGCGACCCACCGAUCGUCCGAUUGCCACGAGGCAAGAUUCUACAACAUCUACCUGGUCCGAUAUAAUACCAACAAUUACUAUUAGUACUACUGGAGAUGGAGAAGAUCAAUCUCAGACAUCACCUAAAAAUGACAGUGUGACAAGUCCUGCUCCUGGUCCUUCGGUUAAUAUCAUUAAAAUCAAUAUAGAAAAUGAUAAAUAAAAAGACAUACGAUUGAAAUUGCAAUCAAUUUAGUGCCUUUCUCCAUCGUGGAACAAAGCAUUUAUUUAUAUAACUAAUUGUUGGCAUUUUAUUAUCAGGAUCAACAUCCGAAUUAUAGUAUUUCUUCCUUUAUUGUAUACCUUUGUCAUAAUAAAAUAAAAUUGUUAAAAAAUGUUUUCAAUAAAUUUGCAUAAGG